GAGAGAGAGAGAGACAGAGAAGAAGAUAUAGCAAAAACAGAGAAAAGAAGAAAAAGAAGAAGAGAAGAAAUAAGUGUAUACAACAAACAUUCUGCUUGGACAUAGAAGAGAUAAUUUAUUUGAGAAGAAUGUUUCAUCGUGGUGUUAUUUAUCGUUAGCAUGUAGUGCUUCGGGAUCGUCAGUUUUUUAAUAAAGAAUCCUUUAUCGGAUUCCAUUCAAUUAUUAAAUCUUCAUCGGGACGAUGUUUGUCAGGACUUUACAAUUACUUAUACGUUGAAGAUUACUUUUUUUUUUUCUCUUCUCUCAGUAAAUUAAAUACUUUCUUAUUAGCAACGUAUCCUCGCGAGAGUGUCAAUCGUACCGCUACGAGGGGUAUCGUUCAUAUAGUUUAAUUCUAUUUAGUUUUUCUUUUUUUUUCUUUCGAUAUUUAUUAUGUCGACGAAAAAUAUCAAAAGUAAUAAAAAGUAGGAGCAAAUCGUUGGAUGCGUAAAUUCGUUUAAUCUUUGCGCUCGGACCUUGUGGUGGAGAAAAAUUCGGUGACCUUGACAGUCCUGGAAGGUCAUCGACACAGUUGGUGUGCCGCGAUUCCGAAAUAGGAAUCGUGGGGUGAUUACUAAAAGUGUGUUAAGUGAAUAAUAAUUCAUUUUCUUUUUUUUCUUUUUUUUUUUUUUUGUUUCAUUUUGUCUUCUUAAACCAUUAACUCGUUCAGUGUCCGCCAACGCGCGCGGACCAUAAUCAUUGUUCGCAAAGAUGCCGAAGAUUUUUCUUAUAAAAAAUCGACUUCACCAGCAACAAUUGAGACUUCUUGAAGCUCAACAUGUUGGCAAAAGUCCUUCCCCUUGCAGCGGUAAGGAAAGUCCACUUGGUACCUCGGAACCGCUCAGUCUAAUUGUGAAUAAACAUCAAUAUCGCGAUAAAACUGAGGACGAUCGUGCUACUACUCCGGAAUCAUUAAGAAGCAGUAGUCCAGUACCAUCGCCACCACCGGUACCAUGUCAAUCAACAAACAACACACCAUCCAAUACACCACCGAGACGUUUUAUUUCAAGUAUACUUGGUGGAGAUGUACCAUAUGGAAGCAGGGGUCACGUAUUAACACGUGCUGAACGUAAAGAAUACAGUUCACCACCGAUCAUUCCUACACCUUCCGGAGAUGCACCGCAAUUUAUUACAAAAACGGAAAAACUCGUAUUACCGAGGCCACCCACCCCACCCAAGGUUCCACGUGUCGAACCACCGACCAGAGUUUCAGUGAUUCAGAGGGUACCGCAUCAGAGUCAAGGUAACUCCAGAAGAGAAGAGAAGAUCGAAGUUCCUCAAAGUCAGGAGCCUGAGCAGGAUCAACCAAUAGAUUAUGCCGUACCGAAAAGAAAAGAAGAAGACGAUGAGAGAGGUCGCGAGACCGCAAAAGCAUCACGAACCAUAUGUAAUUCUAUUGCCAGACCACUAUUGGCCAUGAGGCUUUCUGGGCCACAAAUUGUUCACACAGCGGCAGGACUUGGGAGGACCUCUAACUCUGGCAAUAAUGGCUCUUCCGGUUCAAAUUCUAGUUCAAGCGGUAAUAAUUCGUCUUCCUCGGGCUCGUCUUCAUCAUCGAACACGGGUAAUUCCUGUAGUUAUUCCGGAGGUGGAUCUUCCGGUGGGGGAGGUGGUGCUGUGGGUGGCGGUGCUGGUGGGGGUGGAAUGAAUCCUGGUGGUAAUGGGGGUCGAGGUAAUUAUGCCCCAAGUUCACCACCUACGGGUUCAUUACCACCAUUUUACGAGUCUCUCAAAGGUGGUAACAACCUGGCGAAUUUUGCGAACCAAUAUACCACCAGUCAAGGUAAUAACUACCUCACGCCGACCCCAGCAAUAGGAAUGGAAUGCGAUACGGGACAACAAGAUGUUAACUCGCAGCAUGCUCAAUACAAUGCACAGGAAGGCAAACAAUAUUCGUUAUUGCAAAAUGUUUGUGCCUCCUAUGGUUUGGCACUUAAAGAAGAAGAGGAUCUUUCUGCUUAUAAGAUCCAACCGAAUGAUUUAUUAUCCGGUCAAUAUAAUACAUACGACGUUACGGAAAACGGAAUGAUGGUCGACAUGGUGACAGGUGCAGUUGUUGAUCCAUUACAAAUAACAGCUACAUUGACCUUCAGCUCGCCGUCUGAUCAUACGGCAUUGUUGGAAAGUCUUAGCGACGCGGCUGAAUUUCUAUUACCUAAAUUACAAUCAGGAGAAGGAGGGAAUGAUUUACUCGAGGACUCGUUACAUUCGCCAGCCUCGGCUGGGAGUGGCAUAGUUCAAGAUGCAGGUCAAAUGACCACGCCCGUCGAACCCAGCGUAGACCCUUUUCCUGAGCAUAAUAUAGCCUUAACGAGAGGCUUCGAUGCAUCAAGGCAUUAUAAUGGAACACAGCAACAGUUCAAUACUAAACUGGUUGGUUUGACCUAUGCCACUGGGGAAACUGGUUAUCAACCAAUCGCGAAAGAGCGAUCGGAAUUGGCAUUGCAUUUAAAUCAAAAUCAUCAGAAUCAAUCGGAACCGCAAUUGCAACAAUUGCAAAUACAAGUACAAUUGCAGCAACAUCAGCAGCAGCAACAACAACAACAACAACAACAGCAACAAACUAAUAAUAUGUCGCCCCACCAUUCGCAACAGCAUCAAGGAUUGCUGAGCCCUGGUCUCAGUUUUGUUGGUAGCGGUUUGGAAUUGGAUUCCGGUAGCAGCGUCGGUGGAAGUUUACCAAGUCCCGGUGCAACAAGUUGUUCUUUGGACGGUGCUUCGACCAGCACAUCUCCGUCAUGUGCGUUAAUGGAACAUGCACCAAGUCCACCAAUUGGAGUAUCGAACGGUGUGAACACUCAAGUAAACGGACAAGUUGCUGAACCCCCUUUAUCUCAACGGGUCGGUGUACUACAGCAAAGGUUGGGAUUACCAGGUGACUGUCAAUUAGAAUUCGUUAAUGGUGGUCAUGGUAUAAAGAAUCCAUUAGCUAUCGAAGGACAAAGACAAGCCACUACCAGUCGUGAAGAAGAUAGAGCAGCACGACCAACAUCUGGAAAGGAGGAUGGACCAAUACGCUUCACUUGUCGCGUUUGUAGCAAACAAUUUAACUUGCAACGGCUUUUAAAUCGACAUAUGAAAUGCCAUAGUGAUGUUAAACGCUACCUGUGUACAUUCUGUGGUAAAGGAUUUAACGACACCUUUGAUUUGAAAAGGCAUACGAGAACGCAUACAGGAGUGAGACCGUACAAGUGUAAUCUAUGUGAAAAGAGUUUCACUCAAAGAUGUUCUCUUGAAAGUCAUUGUCUAAAGGUUCAUGGUGUUCAACAUCAGUAUGCUUACAAGGAGAGACGUACCAAGGUUUACGUAUGCGAAGAAUGUGGACAUACUACUCAAGAACCGGAAGUACAUUAUCUUCACCUAAAAGACAAACACCCGUAUAGCCCAGCUUUACUCAAAUUUUACGAUAAACGUCACUUCAAGUUCACUAACAGCAAUUUCGCCAACAUGUUGCUACAGGGUGGCAUGCUGCAACGAGACUCGAGGAUUUCGGAAAGCUGCGUUAAGUCGGCCUCUAAGAGCAUCGAAAAACCACUGCAGCGUGCCACAUUGUUACAUUUGGGUCGAGCAUCCAGUUUCUGAAGGUUUCAAGGUCAUCUAAUGGUCGGAAAUUCGUCUGGUAAUAAUCUCGGGAAAAUCUCUUCGGUGGAACGUACACGAAGAAGAAGAAGAAGAAGAAGAAGAAGAACGAUAACAAAGUUCAACUUCACUGUUGACAUAUAGAAUCGAGUUUUAAUGUCACUCAAAGAGAAAAAUUAGAGAUUAUUUUUUAGUUUUCCUCCCCCCCCCUAUGAGAAAGAAGCUAGGUAUACAUAAGGAAUCAGAUUUUCUUGAUGAGUUUAGUCGGUUCUUUUUUUUUUGUUUCAUUGUUCUCUCGCGUACAUUUAUUUACAAAUAUUAGUAUAUU